AUGAUGAUGAGGACAAUCCGGAUGCGCUGGUGGACGGUGGCCUGCGUGGCGCUCAACCUCGCUCUGGUCCUGUGGUGGUUGAAUCUCUUCCCCUUCAACCUGUUCUAUUCACCCCCGCAACGAUCCCAGGCCAUCCACAACGCCAUCGCGCGGCUCCCCGUGCGCCUGCCCUACGAACCGUCCGACGUGGAGGUCCUCCUCUUCGGCAAUCGCGACCGCUACUGCCCCACCAUUCGGUCGGCCAUCCACACGGGCUACAAGCACAUCACGUUGAUGGGCUACGGCGAGGUCUUUCCGAAUCGGGAGGAGGCGCUCUACAUGAAGGUGCUCAUGGUGCGCAACUACCUCGCCACCAUACCGGGCGACCAAAUCGUCGUCUUCAUCGACAGCUUCGACUCCAUCCUCUACGCCACCCCAUCCGAGCUCCUCGCCAGCUGGCGUCGCGGCCUCGACCGCCAGAACGCGCGCCGACGCCCUACGCCUUCCCCAAUUCGGGGGAUCUACAUGGGCCGCGCCCGCGACCUGCUGGAGGCCCUCACCCGCGCUGCCAUCUACGAGGAGCGCGACGACCAGCUCGCGUGGGAGCUGGUCUAUGUCGAUAACCCGGGCAUGGUGGCGCUGGACUACCACGCCGACCUGGUGGCCAACAUGUACCUCUCCUGCGACGACCUGGCCCUCCGGCCCUACGCCGGCGCCGCGUUUGAAGAAGUCGGAAAGAACGAAAGCGAAGAAGGCGAAAGAACGAAAGCGAAAGCGAAGACGAGGCCGUACAACAAGGUGACGGACGUGUUCCCGUCGGUGCUGCACUUCAACGGCCGCUCGACGGGCCAGUGCGGGAUCACGGAGUACCAGCGGACGGCGUGGUGGGACCAGGCCGACUCGACCGAGGAGCGAGCGCGGCAACGCGGGCGAGAGCUCGACUUCAAACUGUGGUCUGUCUCUCGCACCCUCUACCUCUCCCGUCUUCCCUUCCCCAACAUCUGCGCUUGA